CUUUUGGUAUUGCACCACCCAUUUUUCUUUCACUAGAAAAGGGUUUGAAUGUUGAUCUCAAAAAAAAAAAAAAAAAAGUUUGAAUAAAAAGUAAAUAUUUUUUUCGUACAAAAGCAACAAGCAUAUAGAAGCUGUCAGCACAGGAAUCUCAAAGCCUAAAAAGAAACCUUUAUAAAUCCAAACAUAAAAAGCUGAACUCUGCCAUUGAGAGAUCGAUCCAAAAAACAAACAGCAAGAAAGCAAAAGCAGACAAGAAAAACAAAGAGAUGAUCAAAAGCAGAGAUGGAAGCAGAAGAUCAUCUACUUCUAGCUACCCUGCAGAUUUGUUGGUUUGUUUCCCUUCAAGAGCCCACUUAGCUCUUACACCUAAACCCAUUUGUAGCCCAUCUCGUCCCUCCAUCUCCACCACCAACUAUCAUCCCCACCACCGUCGCCAGCUCAGCAAACUCUCCAGCGGCGGUGGAAGAGGACAUGGGAGUCCUGCUUUGUGGGCUAAGCAAGCAAGCAGUAAGAACAUGGGCGGUGAGGAAAUAGCCGAACCAACUUCACCUAAAGUCACUUGCGCCGGUCAGAUCAAAGUCCGGCCAAGAAAACGCGGCGGGAAAGGAAAAAACUGGCAAACGGUGAUGGAGGAGAUAGAGAGGAUACAUAGCAAUAAAUCUAAGAGCAAGUUUCUUGGUUUAUUGACUUGUCUAAAGAACAUCAAGUUCGACUUCAGGUGUUUUGGUGAUUUCCGAAAUGCUGAUGUCAUCACUAGCGACGACGAUGAAGAAGAAGAAGAUGAAGAAGAGAAUACUAAGAAUAUUUUCUCCAAAUGGUUUAUGGUCUUGCAAGAGGAAGAGAGUAAGAGCGACGACGACAAGAACAUCAAGAAGUGCGUCGUUGAUGAAAACGCAGACGCAGAACCGGCGGUUCCACCGUCGAACGCGCUUUUGCUAAUGAGGUGUAGAUCGGCUCCGGCGAAGAGUUGGUUAGAAGAGAGAAUGCAAGUGAAAACAGAGCAAGAUACCAAAGAAGAAGAGGUUGGUGUGAAGAAGAAUAAGAAGGAUUUGAGAUCACUAAUGGAGGAAGAGAAGAUGGAGUUAGUGUUGAUGAGUUACGAUUCCGAUUAUUACAGACUCUCUUCAGACAUAGCUAAGGAAACUUGGGUUGUCGGAGGAGUUCAAGACCCUCUGUCUCGGAGUCGUAGCUGGAAAAGCUAGCUUUUGCCAGUUCUAUUGUUAUUCACAGUUAAUCAUCGUAUUUUUAAAAUAUGAUUAAGCUUUUUUACUAUUAUUUUCAUUAUAUGUUAAUUAAUUUUGAUUUUUUUUUGGGGCUUCUCUAAUUUCCAGGGUAACUCAAGUAUUGUGUUUUUUCUUUUCAUCACGACGUUUAUAAUGUAAUGCUGAAAAUAUGUACAUGCUUUUAUAUUA